AUGAUUAAUCACGGCACUGCAUGCACGGAGCUCCUAAUAUGGCCUCGUUGGGAGACUCCAUCACUGAUAAGACCCUAUCCCGCUGAUUUCUAUAUUACCCUCCACCACUCAUUAACCACCUCCCUUCACUAACUCCCAGCCCAACCAGACACAAAAACAUUCCUGGGCCUUAAAGCGCUCCUCCAUAUUUGGCAGAGGGGCUUUGCUUAUAAGGAGAACUCAUGGUGAAACUCCAACAGGUCACCGUUCUAUCUCAAGGACCAGUACACCUCAGUCUUCUCAGUAAGGAUAAAGGUGAAAAAUGGGUGAUGCUGCCAUGAAAGAAUUUGGGGCAGCGGCCCCUUACCUGAGGAAGUCAGACAGGGAGCGUCUGGAGGCCCAGACUCGCCCGUUUGACAUGAAGAAGGAGUGUUUUGUUCCUGACCCCAGUGAUGAAUAUGUGAAGGCUUCGAUCACCAGCCGUGAUGGGGACAAAGUCACUGCUCAGACUGAGAAAGGGAAGACCGUCACAGUGAAGGAGUGCGAUGUGCACCCUCAGAACCCGCCAAAGUUCGAUAAAAUUGAAGACAUGGCGAUGUUCACCUUCCUCCAUGAACCAGCUGUGCUGUAUAACCUCAAAGAGCGUUACGCAGCAUGGAUGAUCUACACCUACUCUGGGUUGUUCUGUGUGACUGUCAAUCCCUACAAGUGGCUGCCAGUCUACAACCAGGAGGUGGUCGUUGCCUACAGAGGAAAGAAGAGGAGUGAAGCUCCUCCUCAUAUCUUCUCCAUCUCUGACAAUGCCUACCAGUACAUGCUAACUGACAGAGAAAAUCAGUCAAUUCUCAUCACUGGAGAAUCUGGUGCUGGGAAAACUGUCAACACCAAGAGAGUCAUCCAGUACUUUGCCAGCAUUGCAGCUGGAAGUGGGAAAAAGGAUACAGGCUCUGAGAAGAAGGGUACUCUGGAGGAUCAAAUCAUCCAGGCUAACCCGGCAUUAGAGGCCUUUGGGAAUGCCAAAACCAUCAGGAAUGACAACUCCUCCAGAUUUGGUAAAUUUAUCCGAAUUCACUUUGCAGCCAGUGGGAAGUUGGCCUCUGCUGACAUAGAGACAUAUCUGCUGGAAAAGUCCCGUGUCACCUUUCAGCUCAAGGCUGAGAGAGAUUAUCACAUCUUCUAUCAGAUCUUGUCUCAAAGGAAGCCCGAGCUUCUCGAAAUGCUGCUCAUCACCAACAACCCUUAUGAUUAUGCCUUCAUCUCUCAAGGAGAGACAACAGUAGCCUCAAUCAAUGAUGCUGAAGAGCUAAUGGCCACUGAUGAUGCCUUUGAUGUGCUGGGCUUUACUCAAGAAGAAAAGAAUAGCAUUUACAAGCUGACUGGUGCCAUCAUGCACUAUGGGAACAUGAAAUUCAAGAACAAGCAGCGUGAAGAGCAGGCAGAGGCAGAUGGCACAGAAGAUGCGGACAAAUCCGCUUAUCUGAUGGGCCUGAACUCUGCUGACCUCAUCAAAGGUCUCUGUCACCCAAGAGUCAAAGUAGGAAACGAGUGGGUCACCAAAGGACAGAAUGUACAGCAGGUGUACUAUGCUAUGGGUGCACUGGCUAAAGCAGUGUAUGAGAAGAUGUUUCUGUGGAUGGUGGUGAGGAUUAACCAGUCCCUGGACACCAGACAGCCCCGCCAGUACUUCAUUGGUGUGCUUGACAUUGCUGGAUUUGAGAUCUUUGAUUUCAACACCUUUGAGCAGAUGUGCAUCAACUUCACCAACGAAAAACUGCAACAGUUUUUCAACCACCACAUGUUUGUACUGGAGCAGGAAGAGUACAAGAAAGAGGGCAUCGAAUGGACUUUCAUUGACUUUGGCAUGGAUCUGCAGGCCUGUAUCGACCUGAUUGAAAAGCCCAUGGGUAUCAUGUCCAUCCUUGAAGAGGAGUGCAUGUUCCCCAAAGCCAGUGAUGCCACCUUUAAAGCUAAGCUCUAUGACAACCACCUGGGAAAAUCCAGCAACUUCCAGAAGCCCAGAGUUGUCAAAGGAAAACCAGAGGCUCACUUUGCCCUGGUUCACUACGCUGGAACUGUUGAUUACAAUAUCAACAACUGGUUGGUGAAGAACAAGGAUCCUCUGAAUGAGACUGUUGUGGCAUUGUACCAAAAGUCUACUGUCAAACUGCUUGCAACUCUGUUUGCAAAUUAUGCAGGAGCUGACUCAGCUGAAUCUGGUGGGAAGGGCAAAGGUGGAACCAAGAAGAAAGGUUCUUCCUUCCAAACUGUAUCAGCUUUGCACAGGGAGAACCUGAACAAGCUGAUGACCAACUUGAGGUCGACUCACCCUCACUUUGUACGCUGCAUCAUCCCCAACGAGACCAAGACUCCAGGGGCCAUGGAGAACCCUCUGGUGAUGCACCAGCUGCGCUGUAACGGUGUGCUGGAAGGUAUCAGGAUCUGCAGAAAGGGUUUCCCCAACAGGAUCCUCUAUGGAGAUUUCAAGCAGAGUUCGUGCGUCUUAAAGGUAUUCUUUAAAGCUGGUCUUCUUGGCCAACUUGAAGAGAUGAGAGAUGACCGUUUAUCCCUCAUAAUCACGGGAAUCCAGGCUCGAUCAAGAGGUCUGCUCGCAAGAGUGGAAUUCCAGAAGAUUGUUGAAAGGAGGGAUGCACUUCUUGUGAUCCAGUGGAACAUACGUGCCUUCAUGGGGGUUAAGAAUUGGCCCUGGAUGAAGCUUUUCUUCAAGAUCAAACCUCUGCUGAGAUCUGCUGAGGCAGAAAAGGAGAUGGCCAACAUGAAGGAAGAAUUCCUAAAACUCAAAGAAGCUUAUGCAAAAUCUGAAGCUCGAAGAAAGGAACUAGAGGAGAAAAUGGUGACUCUUCUCCAAGAGAAGAAUGACCUGCAGCUCCAAGUUCAGGCUGAGCAAGAUAAUCUUGCAGAUGCCGAGGAAAGAUGUGAGGGGCUGAUCAAACACAAAAUUCAGAUGGAAGCAAAAGCCAAAGAGCUCUCUGAGAGGCUGGAGGAUGAGGAGGAGAUGAAUGCAGAACUGACUGCUAAGAAGAGGAAGCUGGAGGACGAGUGCUCCGAGCUGAAGAAAGACAUCGAUGACUUGGAGUUAACUCUAGCUAAAGUGGAGAAGGAGAAGCAUGCCACUGAGAACAAGGUCAAGAACCUUGUUGAAGAGAUGGCUGCUUUAGAUGAGAUCAUUGCCAAGCUGACCAAGGAAAAGAAAGCUUUACAGGAAGCUCAUCAGCAAACUCUGGAUGACCUGCAGAGUGAGGAAGACAAAGUCAACACUCUGACCAAGGCCAAGGCUAAGCUGGAGCAGCAAGUGGAUGAUCUUGAGGGUUCUCUGGAACAAGAAAAGAAGAUUAGGAUGGAUCUUGAAAGAGCAAAGCGAAAGCUGGAAGGAGACCUGAAACUGACCCAAGAGAGUCUCAUGGACCUUGAGAAUGACAAGCAACAACUUGAGGAGCAUUUGAAAAAGAAGGACUUUGAGCUCAGCCAGCUUAAUAAUAAAAUUGAAGAUGAGCAGGCCAUUGCCAUUCAGCUUCAAAAGAAACUGAAAGAGCUUCAGGCUCGUAUUGAGGAGCUGGAGGAAGAGCUAGAAGCAGAGAGAGCUGCUCGAGCCAAGGUGGAGAAGCAGAGAGCUGACCUGGCCAGAGAGCUGGAGGAGAUCAGUGAGAGGUUGGAGGAGGCUGGAGGAGCCACAGCUGCCCAGAUUGAGAUGAACAAGAAGAGGGAGGCCGAGUUCCAGAAACUGCGCAGAGACCUCGAAGAGGCCACUCUGCACCACGAAGCCACUACUGCCACACUCAGGAAGAAACAAGCUGACAGUGUUGCUGAGCUGGGAGAGCAGAUUGAUAACCUGCAGAGAGUCAAGCAGAAACUGGAGAAGGAGAAGAGUGAGCUCAGACUGGAGCUGGAUGAUGUGGUCUCCAAUAUGGAACAUAUUGUGAAGACAAAGACUAAUCUAGAGAAAGCAUGCAGGACUCUGGAAGAUCAAAUGAAUGAGUACAAGACAAAGUUUGAAGAGGCUCAGCGCUGCAUCAGUGACUUCAACAUGCAGAAAGCAAAACUUCAAACAGAGAAUGGUGAGCUCUCGAGGCAGCUGGAGGAUAAGGAUUCCUUGGUGUCUCAACUCACAAGAGGGAAAAUGUCCUACACUCAGCAGAUUGAGGAUCUAAAGAGACAACUGGAAGAGGAGACCAAGGCAAAGAGUGCUCUGGCCCAUGCAGUGCAGUCUGCUCGCCAUGACUGUGACCUGCUCAGGGAGCAGUAUGAGGAGGAGCAGGAGGCUAAAGCUGAACUACAGCGUGGCAUGUCCAAAGCCAACACUGAGGUGGCUCAGUGGAGGGCAAAGUAUGAAACUGAUGCCAUCCAGAGGACCGAAGAACUAGAAGAGGCCAAGAAAAAGCUGGCUCAGCGUCUGCAGGAGGCUGAGGAGGCUGUUGAAGCAGUGAAUGCUAAAUGUUCCUCUCUGGAGAAGACCAAACACAGGCUGCAGAAUGAGAUUGAAGAUCUCAUGGUGGAUGUGGAGAGGUCUAAUGCUGCUGCCGCUGCUCUGGACAAGAAACAAAGAAACUUUGACAAGGUUCUUUCUGAGUGGAAGCAGAAGUAUGAGGAGUCUCAGUGCGAGCUGGAGAGCUCCCAAAAGGAAGCAAGGGCUCUGAGCACUGAGCUUUUCAAACUGAAGAACUCAUAUGAGGAAGCUCUGGAUCAUCUGGAGACCAUGAAGAGAGAGAACAAGAAUUUACAGGAGGAGAUUUCUGACAUAACUGAGCAACUUGGUGAGAGUGGCAAAAGUAUCCAUGAACUGGAAAAGUUACGGAAACAACUGGAACAGGAGAAGAGUGAGAUUCAGUCUGCUCUCGAGGAAGCUGAGGCCUCUCUUGAGCAUGAAGAGGGUAAGAUUCUAAGAGCCCAGCUUGAGUUCAAUCAAAUUAAAGCUGAUAUUGAACGCAAACUGGCCGAGAAGGAUGAAGAGAUGGAGCAGUGCAAAAGAAACCUGCAGAGGACCAUCGACACCCUGCAGAGCUCUCUUGAAGCUGAGUGUCGCAGCAGGAAUGAGGCUCUGCGGCUGAAGAAGAAAAUGGAAGGAGACCUGAAUGAGAUGGAGAUCCAGCUAAGCCAGGCCAACAGGCAGGCAGCCGAGGCCCAGAAACAGCUUAAGGCCAUCCAUGCACAUAUGAAGGAUUGCCAAAUUCAGCUGGAUGACUCUGUUCGGGCCAAUGAUGACCUUAAAGAGAACAUUGCCAUUGUUGAGCGACGCAACAACCUUCUUCAGGCUGAACUGGAGGAGCUGAGAGCAGCUCUGGAGCAAACGGAGAGAAGCCGCAAACUUGCAGAGCAAGAGCUGCUGGAUGUCAGUGAGAGAGUGCAGCUACUGCACUCACAGAACACCAGCCUGAUAAACCAAAAGAAGAAGCUGGAGGCUGAUACAUCCCAGCUUCAAACUGAAGUGGAGGAGGCAGUGCAGGAGUGCAGGAAUGCAGAGGAGAAGGCCAAGAAGGCCAUCACUGAUGCUGCCAUGAUGGCAGAGGAGCUGAAGAAGGAGCAGGACACCAGCGCUCAUCUGGAGCGAAUGAAGAAGAACAUGGAGCAAACCAUCAAAGACCUGCAGCACCGCCUGGAUGAAGCUGAGCAGAUCGCCAUGAAGGGAGGCAAGAAGCAGGUGCAGAAGCUCGAGGCCAGGGUGAGGGAGCUUGAGAAUGAGGUGGAGUCGGAGCAGAAGAAAAGCAGCGAGGCAGUGAAGGGAAUCCGUAAAUACGAGCGACGCAUUAAGGAGCUCACAUACCAGACUGAGGAGGACCGCAAGAAUAUUCUGCGUCUGCAGGAUCUGGUUGACAAACUCCAGCUCAAAGUCAAAGCCUACAAGAGAGCUGCAGAGGAGGCUGAAGAGCAGGCCAAUACUCACCUGAGCAAGUUCCGUAAACUGCAGCACGAGCUGGACGAGGCUGAAGAGAGAGCUGAUAUUGCUGAGUCUCAGGUCAACAAGCUGCGUGCCAAGAGUCGUGACGUGGGCUCUAAGAAAGGGCUAGAUGAGGAGUGAAACUCACAGACGGCCACCUAAGACCUUUGGGAUCUUCUCUAUUGGUUCUCCUUUGUCUCCAAAGUAACUGUAGAAUAAAGCAAAGUGCAUUCAAA